AUGGCGGGCGACGACAAGAUCGAUUUCAAACUUUAUAGAUACACCCCAUCGACGGCUGCGGCAGCGCUUUUUGUCGCUCUAUUUCUUCUCACGACGAUAUACCAUGUCUAUCAACUCAGCCGGGCACGAGCUUGGUAUUUCAUAGCAUUUGUAGUCGGGGGUGUCUUCCAAAUCAUUGGCUACAUCUGCCGUAUCUUGGCUCAUAAUAAUAAGGAAUCGGUCCCGAUCUAUAGCGUGCAGACUAUCUUGAUUCUACUUGCUCCACCGCUUUACGCCGCGUCUAUCUAUAUGGUGCUAGGUCGACUGAUCGCUUACCUACGGGCCGAAAGGCUCAGCGUGGUUUCAGUGAGGUGGAUGACCAAGAUUUUUGUUACAGGCGAUGUGAUUGCCUUUGUUAUGCAAGCUGCGGGUGGCGGCACCAUGGCGAGUGGUACUAUCAGCAGCUACAACCUCGGAGAACAUAUAACUAUUGGUGGUCUAUGUGUUCAAUUGGUCUUCUUCAGCAUCUUUGUGAUCACCUGUGCGGUAUUUCAUUCCCGAAUUCGCAAAUUUCCGACGCCCGAGGUCACAGCCCUUGCGGCUCGCCUUUCCCAAAGGACUUCACGAACGUGGGAAACUGUGCUUGUGGGCUUGUACGCCGCGAGCAUUCUGAUUCUGGUGCGGUCGAUUUUCCGCUUGAUUGAAUAUGCGCAGGGUAACGAUGGGUACCUCAUCAGCCACGAAGCCUUCAUGUACAUUUUCGAUUCUGCUCUGAUGUUCCUGACCAUGGUUGCCAUGAAUGUGUGUCAUCCAUCAAUGAUCUUAACUGGGUUGGGGAAAGAGCGCGAUGCUGUAAUGAGUUCCCCGACCUCUCAAACUGAAUUGUCUUGA